GUUCGCUGUAACGGUUUGGCGGGAAACCUUAGAAACCAAAGAUGGCGUCCCGCGGCUGAGGCGCGAGCGGAGGGCGGGAAAUCGGCGAGCGGCGCUUUUGUGAGGCGGGUGGAAAUUAAAAAAUAAAAUCUAAACGUACAAAACAAAAACGUCGACCAACAGGACCGGCGUCUUUGCCUUCGAUGUCAACGCGAGCGACGGCAGCGGACGACGACGACGGCGGCGGCGGCUGCAAUGUCGCACUCGGAUAACAAAUCGCCUAACGUUUUGCUGCAGAGUCUCUGUUGUCAGAUACUUGGCAAGAGCGAAUCGGAGAUUGGGCACCAGUUUCAGUAUGCGGUGCGCGUCAUCGGAAGCAGCUUCACCCCCACGGUGGAGCGAGAUGAGUUCCUCGUGGCCGAGAAGAUCAAGAAGGAGCUCGCCAAACAGAAGCGCGAAGUGGACGCGGCGCUGUUUUCCGAGCUCCACCGGAAGCUACAAACACAGGCCGUGCUGCGCAACCGCUGGGCUGCCCUCUACCUGCUGUUGUCUCUGGCCGAGAACCCACGGAAGCCUCACGCCAAGCUCCUGAGCGGCUCCGCGCUGUUUGGGAACGGCCUGCCCCUCCUCGUCCACUCCACCCCGGCCCCGCGGCCCCAGAGCCUCCCGCUGCCCCUGCUCGAGGUGGCGUGCGGCGCCGGGCAGGCCGGCGGGAUGGUGCCCUGCCCCGGUCUCCAGCAGCAGCAGCAGCAGCGGCAGCAGCGGCAGCGGGGGGGGCUUGCGAGUUCCGCGAGUUUCGGCAGCAGUGGAGUGAGCAGCGUCACUCCGAGCGGGAUGCGCGGUCCCACGCCGACGCCCGACAGCCUCUACCCGGGGCAGUCUCACCGCACGCCGGCCGACGGCACUGCCCGACAGGCGUGGGCCUCGCAGUCCGGGCCCUACGGCCUGGUGGCCCGCAGCGACGCGCACGGCGCACGCUCCGAGGGCGACGUCAACACCUCCGUGGAACUGUCUGAGUCGUUGCUGGUGCGCGAUCUGCUCUACGUCUUCCAGGGGAUCGAGGGGACCUACGUGAGGUUGAGCCAAACCGAGGGGGCUUACCUCAUAGACCCCAAGGUGGGAGCCCCCAAGUCGCUGCGGGAUGUGACGGCACGCCUCUCCGAGAUCGGCUGGCUGCACAACAAGGCCCGCAAGUACAUCGACCAGCGUGCGCUCGACCGCGCCUUCGGCCUCGUGGGGCAGAGCUUCUGUGCCGCACUCCACCAAGAGCUCAAGGAAUUCUAUCGGCUCAUCUCCGUGCUUCACUCCCAGCUGAACGUGGAGGAAGACCUCGGCGUGAAUGUUGGCCCAGAGGGCUCCCUCACCCUGCGUCGUCUCCUCGUCUGGACGUCCGAGCCCCGGCAGCGUCUCCACUCGCUCGCCGCGCUCGUAGAUCGCUGCCACGGUGAGAGCACGCUAGCCACACGCUUACCCCUCACACUUGACCUACACGCUAGCCGCACGCUUACCCCUCACUCGACCUACACGCUAGCCGCACGCUUGCGACGUGCCUCGAAUACAGGAACACGCUUAUAUGCAGUGAGGCCAAAGACGAGGGAGAGCGGGUGCUUGAGGCAACAACCCCCACCCCCUGCUGACGUACGUCUGCUGCUGCAGUCGGCUGUGCCGAGUGGUUGGCGGGCUUUUAACCACCACGUAUUUACAUAUUCACGCGGUGUUACCCCAACAACAAACAAACAAAAAACAACCAACCUCUUCUGCAUGUUAUUGGUCGCGAAAGCCUCACUACGUUUUAACCUGCAGACACCGGGCGCCCCAUGCAGGUGCUACUAUAGAGUUGGCGGGGGGAUCUUUUUUUUACUUUUGCAGGUGCUGUCUAUCGGGAAGUCCAUCAACUUCCUGCACCAGGUUUGCCAGGACCGGACACUGAGCACACGACCCAGACCCACCUCGCAGCUCAAGGAGCAAAGGCACGGACUCACAGCCGGUGACGGAGACAUCGAGUGGGAGUGGUCCCAGCUGCAGAUCGACACGGUGUACGCCCGCACGAGCCACCACCUGCUGGACACGCUCAACUCGCGCUACCAUCUCAUGGAGCACAUGCAGGCGAUGAGGCGCUACCUGCUGCUUGGGCAGGGCGACUUCGUACGCCACCUGAUGGACCUGCUCAAGCCUGAGUUGGCGCGCCCAGCCAACACGCUGUACCAGCACAACCUCACGGGCAUCCUGGAGACGUCCGUGCGCGCCACCAACGCUCAGUUCGACAGCCCGGACAUCCUCAACCGUGUCGACGUUCGGCUCCUCGAGGUGUCUCCGGGAGACACGGGCUGGGACGUGUUCAGCCUCGAUUACCACGUGGACGGCCCCAUCGCCACGGUGUUCACGCAGGAGUGCAUGAUGCAGUACCUGCGCGUGUUUAACUUCCUGUGGAGAGCCAAGCGCAUGGAGUACUCGCUCACGGAUAUCUGGAAGGGGCAGAUGUGUCACAGCAAGCUCCUGCGCAGCAUGCCCGAGCUGUCGGGCGUGCUGCAGCAGAGCUACGUGCUGGCGUCCGAGAUGAUGCACUUCAUCCACCAGAUGCAGUACUACAUCACCUUCGAGGUGCUGGAGUGCUCCUGGGACCGCCUCCUCACCCAGGUCCGCGCGGCGCCCGCCCUGGACCACGUGAUCGCCGCCCACCAGGAGUUCCUCUCCUCCUGCGUCUCCCGCUGUCUCCUCGACGCUGACUCGCGGCUGAUGCUGGCCCAGCUCAGGGCGAUAUUCGACCAGAUCGUGCAGUUCCAGGCGGCGCAGGAGGGCAUGCAGCGCGCCGCCCUGCAGGAGCUGCAGCUGCGGCUGCAGCGCCAGGAGGAGGUGGCGGCCCGCCAGCGCGCGGGCGAGUGGGGCACCACGGAGGCGCGAGAGCUGCACGAGGAGCAGAGAAUCUCCGAGUUCCGUUCUCACUUCGUGCCGAAGACUCGCUCCCAACUCCGCGUGCUCACACAGUCCUACCAGGACAUCGUGCAGCAGUUCCUCGUGAUGCUGACGCGCAGCUCCGAUGAGAGCCUCCGCUUCCUGUCGUUCCGCCUCGACUUCAACGAGCACUACCGGGCACGCAACCCCCACCUGCGACUCUCCCUCGGCAGCGCACGCAGUCAGCGCCGGGCACCACCGCACUGAGAGAGAGAGACGGGGAGAGAGACGGGGAGAGAGACUGAGAGAGAGACGGGGAGAGAGACGUGGAGAGAGACGGGGAGAGA